AUGAAUCGUGACUCGCAACUCGCCAGCCCCCAGAGUCAUGCCAAUGGCCGUGCUAACAGCCAUUUUACUGGUAGUUCUUAUACGGAUACUGGCAUAGAUGUGAGCAUUUCAGACGCUCCCCUCUUGCGUACCCAGGCGCUGAACAGAGAAAUGUCACGAGACAUGAACUCGCUCAAUCUCAGCGCACCUGAAAGUUACAUGACACUCGCGGUCCGCGAAGCUUUGGGUGCACCGUUGCCGCCCUCUGAGGGUUACCCAGAUCGUCGUUAUCAUAGUGGAAGACACAUAGUCAAUGAAAUUGAAGAGCUCUGCUGGCGACGUGCUCUGGAGACAUUUGACCUGUCAGCAGAGACAUGGGGCGUAAAUGUUCAGGCGUUCUCUGGUUCAUUGGCUAAUCUGUACACCUACACCGCUCUUUUGGAGCCAGGCGACACACUUUUCCACAUGGACCUUUCACAUGGUGGCCACCUUUCUCAUGGGCAUCAAACGUCAAAACGCAAGGUUUCGGAGAGUGCCUUUAAGUUCAACGCAGUAGCGUACCAUGUCAAUCUCGAAACCGGGAUCAUUGACUACGACGGGCUCCACGAGUUGGCACAGCAGCAUAAACCGAAGAUCAUCACCGUGGGUGGGUCAUCCUACAGUCGCUUGAUAGACUACGAGACCAUGCGGAAGAUUGCCGAUGAUGUCGGCGCUCUGCUUCACUGUGAUAUGGCUCAUUUCUGCGGACUGGUCGCCGGUCGCGCAAUCCCGUCGCCUUUUCCACACUGCCACGUUGUCACGACAACAACAUACAAGUCUUUCUGUGGGCCCAAAGGGGCAAUCAUCUUUUACAGAAGUUGGAUGAAAGACAAAAUUAACAGCACCGUUUUCCCUCGUUAUCAAGCCGCGCGCGACUACAGUGUCGUUCUUGCAAUCUCAGUAGCGUUGCGGCAAUCGCAAUCAUCGGUCUAUCGAGAGCAACAGAGGCAGGUUGUCGAGGCUUCCCGCAUGCUCGCAGCUUCACUCAUCGAGCUUGGAUACACCAUCGUCGGGGGUGGGACAGACACCCACAUGGUCAUCAUCGACUUGAGACCCCGCAAGAUCGAUGCAGCUGUAGCAGAGAAAGCUUUGGAAUUGAUCAACAUCAUCUGCAAUCAGAAUAGCAUUCCAGGUGACCAGGGUGGCAAUUGUUCUGGUCUGCGUCUAGGAACACCCCCAAUGGUCCUCAGGGGUAUGCCACUACUUGCAUUCAACAAAGCUGCAGUAUUGAUACAUCAAGCACUAGAGAUUACGCAUAAGAUCCAGGCAGAGAUGGUGCCCUGUCAACAGACGAGCGCUUGUUCUCGCCAAUCAAGACGUGUCAGGAUACUUGAGCAGUUCGUGGCCAUCGCGCAGAAACAUUCAAUGAUCGAGGAUCUCAAAUCACAGGUAGCAUUCAUCGUCUCUGCACAUCCGCCCCCUUGGCAUGAGAGAAGUUCAUAG